AUGAGCAAUAAUACCAACGAUAACGAUAUGGCGGAACGCAUUGCGGAAGCAAGGCGAGAAGCCGAGUCACUCAAAGAAAAAAUAAAGCAGAAAAAAGAAUCCUUGGCUGAUACUACCCUGGCAAGAGCGGCAGCACAAGUAGAGAACUUACCUCGUCUUACAAUGAAGGUGCGACGAACAUUGAAAGGCCAUUUGGCGAAAAUUUACGCCAUGCAAUGGGCCAAGGAUAAACGACAUUUAGUGUCUGCUUCACAAGACGGCAAAUUACUAGUAUGGGAUGCGUAUUCGACGAACAAAAUAUAUGCAAUUCCACUUCGUUCGUCAUGGGUGAUGACUUGCGCAUACUCGCCUUCUGGAAAUUUCGUCGCUUCGGGAGGCCUUGAUAACAUUUGUUCAGUAUAUAACCUUCGUACCCGAGACGGACCGAUCCGCCCCGCUCGUGAACUGACAGGUCAUACCGGUUACCUGAGCUGCUGCCGAUUCUUAACGGACAGUCAGAUAUUAACAUCAAGCGGUGAUACCACUUGCUGUUUGUGGGACAUUGAUGCUGGUGUAAAAACGGCCGAAUUUACAGAUCAUACAGGCGAUGUAAUGAGCUUAUCCAUUUCUGUGAAUCCGAAUCUAUUUGUAUCCGGUGCAUGCGAUGCAACAGCGAAAAUAUGGGAUAUUCGAAACCAAAAAUGCGUUCAAUCAUUUACAGGACACGAGUCAGAUAUCAAUGCCGUACAAUUCUUCCCCGACGGUAAUGCCAUUGGUACAGGUUCAGACGAUGCCAGCUGUCGAUUGUUCGAUCUACGUGCAGAUCGCGAAUUGAACAUUUUCACACAUGAACAAAUUUUCUGUGGUAUUACGUCGAUUGCAUUUUCAUUAUCUGGGCGUUUACUCUUUGGCGGAUACGAUGAUUACCAUUGCCAUGUAUGGGAUACAUUACGCGGCGAUCGUGUGGGUGUUCUCAGUGGUCACGACAACCGUGUGAGUUGUCUUGGCGUAGCGAGCGACGGCAUGGCAUUAUGUACAGGAAGUUGGGAUAAUCUGCUCAAGAUCUGGGCAUAA